GAUGCAUUAGCAAUUCUCUGUUACUGUCAAGUUUUAGCUGAUUAGGAACAAAAAUCGAACGGCAAACUCGAAGGAUUAGCCAGAAGCAGUGAGCAGAGGAGCUAGAACUUGCUUUCCUCCCAGAAUAACGGUUCGAUUUCUCGAUCUCCGUCUGUUCUCUUUCGUGUUGAUCAGCUUAUUCUGAGAAGAAGAGCUUUGUACGUAGCUUAUAUCGGAAGUCUAAUAAUUUGAUGAUAUCUCCUGCCUAGCAAACUACACCGCUCAACAAUGAUAAUAUAAAGGAUUCAAUCCCAUUAGACCCGUAUGUUUACCAACAAGCAGAGACAAGAAGAAAGAAUUGGGAAAUAUGGAACCCCAAGGUUUCAAUACCUCCAGGAACUAGUGGGUCACUUUCAGAAUGCCACUGAUGAAGAAACAAAAGAGAAACUUGCUGCAAAUUUAGCAAACUUUGCCUAUGAUCCUUACAACUAUACCUUCUUACGCCAGCUCAAUGUAUUAGAACUCUUCCUGGACUGCAUGACGGAACCAAAUGAGAAGCUUGUGGAAUUUGGAGCAGGAGGGAUCUGUAACUCUUCUGUUGAUCCAGUAAAUGCAGCAAUUAUCGUUCACUGUAGCGGUAUCCCUCUUGUCAUAAAUUGUCUAUCAAGCCCAGUUAAAAACACUUUUUUUCAGGUAAAUUAUGCUCUUGGGGCUCUCUAUUAUCUCUGCAAUGCAUCUACCAAGGAAGAGAUUUUAAAGCCUGAAGUGGUUGAUGUAAUCAAGAGAUAUGCUGCAGCUGAAGCUGUAAGUUUCAGUAACCUAGCCCAGGCAUUCUUGGACAAACAUCUUUGAACACAGGAUAGGAGUGGAACUAGCCUGCUUUGUAUUUGCUGUGACUCUAUUAGAUUCUUGCAGAUAAUUACCUAAUUCUUGUUUUUUACUCAUUCAUCAUUCUUCUAAAAUAGAUUUUCUAAGUUUACAA